CUUUUAGCUGGGUCUUGUGGGAAAGAGCUGGUUAAUUGACCGGGACAAUUUUCAGGGUUUAGGAACCUGCUUUGGAAUAUGGGCCGUUUUACUGACCAAUAUUUCCUCUACUAUCCCAUUUUCCAUUUUCUACAAUUUAGCUUCUUCCCUCUUCAUUGCAGUAGUUUCUCCACCACAGAUCUGAGACCAAAUUUUGUCUCCACAAAUCGACAGAUCGAGACCAAUAUUUCGGCGUCUACAGCAUCCGACUCCCAUAGGCCUUUUCUCCCCAAAGUUUUUGAGUAGAGAUUGACACGAAGAUAUCGACGUCUACAACAUCCGACUCCCAUAGAUCAUUUUUCAAAGUGUAUCGAAGUCCUUAGGUGAAAUUAUGGCAAGUACAAAGUCAAUGAACGAAAUGGUUCUUCAAGUAAUGUCUGACAUUAUUAGAGACCAUCAUUUCGACGUUAUCUGUGUUAUCCUCAUCUACCUUCGAAGUAUUAGACGUGGAAGACGUUUCUCUCCUCUCGAUCUUAGAAAGAGCUAUUCGUAUAUCCGGCGGAUGCCACAACAGGUUCGACACAUGAACCGACUCACUGGUGUGAGUGAUGUUUCUUGUCUUGAAAAUUUGCAAAUGGAUAGAAACGCUUUUGGGAGGCUGUGUAUCAGGCUUCGGCAAACAGGUGAUGUAGUAGAUGGUCGGUUUGUCACCGUGGAGGAACAGGCUGCCAUGAUUUUAGGAAUCUUGGCCCAUCACAAGAAGGUUCGAGUAGUGAAGUUCAACCAUUGGAGGUCAGGGUAUACAGUUUCAAAGUAUGUCCAUGUUGUCCUGAGGGCUGUGAUUAAGCUUCAUCGUACCUUUUGGGUUGUUCCUGAAGCCAUGGAUGACGAUUGCGAGGAUCACAAGUGGAAAUGGUUCGAGGGGUGCCUAGGAGCUCUCGACGGCACAUACAUCAACGUGCAAGUACCAAGUGUUGUUGACAAGCCUCGCUACCGCUCUCGAAAGGGGAAGAUUUGCACUAAUACCCUAGCCGCUUGUGAUCGCAGUAUGUGGUUUGUUUACGUUCUGGCCGGAUGGGAAACCUCUGUCGGGGAUGCUCGUGUCCUAAGGGAUGCCGUUAUUCGCGAAAAUGGCUUCAAAGUACCAAGAGGAAAUUAAUAUCUUUGUGAUAAUGGAUAUGCGAAUUGCGAAGGAUUCCUAACACCAUUUAAAAGUGUCUGAUAUCAUCUCAAAGAAUGGGGCCCGGCCGCCGGGGCCCCUCAGAAUCCACAUGAAAUCUUCAAUAUGAGACACACACGGGCUUACAAUGUCAUUGAACGUGCAUUUACCGUUUUGAAAAUGCGAUGAGGGAUAUUAAGGAGUGCUUGUUACUACCCGGUGAAAAUUCAAACGCAACUCAUUUUAGCUUGUUUCUUCUACAUAACUAUGCUAGAACAACAAUGCCAGUGGAUCCACUCGACCAACUCUCCGACGUAUAUGAUGACCAAAUAGUCGCUGAAUCUGAUGACCCCAAUGUCCAAGGAGAGUAUAUCGAUUCUGUGGAGCCAUCUAAUGCUUGGACACAAAUGCGAGAUGACUUAGCGGGAUCCAUGUGGGAGGAGUAUGUGAAUCGCCAUAUAUAAAGACCACAAACCACCGUUUCUGAAACCAUAUCUUUAGCUGAGGAGAAGGGACCACGAGCUGCGACCGAUUGCACCUAUUGCUUGGCAAUAUAUGAUCCAUGUUGUUCGAGAACUAAAACAUAAUAGAGUUGUAGUUGAACUAAUUGUUGUCGUAUUACUUGUUGAACUUAAUUAUGAAUGUAUUUCAAUGUUUUUAUCUUUCCCUCA